UUCCUCAUCAUCGUCAACACGACAACAGCAAUUCAUCUCUCAAUUACAAAGAGUUCCUGCUUCGAAGGCAUAAAGAAGAACAAAGAUGGCAAUGAUUCCAAGUUUCUUCAACAACCUAUCACGAGACAUCAUCUUCGACCCGUUCUCUUCUUUCGAUCCAUUCAAGGACUUCCCUUCUCCUUCAUCUCCCCUCAUCCCUCGCGAGAAUUCAGCUUUCGUUAACACUCGCAUUGACUGGAAAGAGACCCCAGAGGCCCAUGUCUUCAAAGCUGAUCUGCCGGGGAUUAAAAAGGAGGAAGUGAAAGUCGAGAUUGAAGAUGACAGGGUGCUUCAAAUUAGCGGGGAGAGGAACGUGGAGAAGGAAGACAAGAAUGAGACAUGGCAUCGUGUUGAACGUAGCAGUGGCAAGUUCUUGAGAAGGUUCAAGCUGCCUGAGAAUGCCAAGAUAGAUCAAGUCAAGGCUGGUAUGGAAAACGGGGUGCUUACUGUCACUGUGCCCAAGAAGGAGGUCAAGAAACCUGAUGCCAAGAAGACUAUUGAAAUCUCCUGUUAAAAAAGAACACUACAUUUUUUUCCUUCAACAUGUUUAUUAGAGCUUUAAUCCCUUAAAUGUUAAAGAAUCAACUAGCGGCCGAUUACUCAUCUUGUUCUAUAAGAUAUUCAGUCUUUACUUAAAGUAAUAAUUUGAUAUUAGUCAUCUCCUCUGGCUGCUAUAUGGAGAGAGCUUCAAACCUCCUCCUUUAAGCCACGCUUGAGGCCUUAAUCCCCACCUCUGUGUGUGUGCGCGUAUAAUUUGAUUUUCUUUUUUCUCUUUUUGGAUAAAUAUUUAAGCAUUUUCUUUUA